AUGCAUUACAUGCCACGGCUUAAGAACGGAAAAAGUGCACCAAUAACCUGGCAAAUAAGUGCACUUUUUGCCUUCAACACUUGCUGGCCACUAAAAGAUAAUGCAACAUUAUCCGCGCGUUGUUGGUAUAAAAUUAAAUUCUUCAUACUAAUCCUAAUUGCAAUCUACGUGCUAAUGGGAGAAAUUCUUGGCAUAUAUGCGAACAUUAAUGAAAUCAAAAUUGCUUUGGAAGCAGGCUUAUCCUUACUCAUAUCCUUUGAAUUAGUAAUACGAAUAAUAAACUUUCGUUUUCGUAAUGCGACUACCAGAAAAAUAAUCGAAGAAUUCUACUUGGAUAUUUAUAUAGAGAAAAAUAUUUUUCCUCAUAUAUUUAAGGAAAUACAGGAAGGCCUGAAACCAGCGGUUAUAUGCUCCUAUUCUUAUGUAUUCGCGACUAUAUUUUUUGUACUAAUACCAAUAGUGGGAAUUGUCAAAGGACAAAAAGUUUUCCCAUUUAUUCUUGAUUAUCCAUACGAUUAUACAUCUUGGAUAGUUUAUAUACCAUCCGUGGCUUGCAGCAUAGCUUUAGCUGUCAUUAUUGUGGCUCACAUGAUUGGUGAGAGUAACUUAUUGGCAACGAUUAUACUCCAUCUAAAUGCCAGAUUUCAGUUACUAGAGCGUGAUAUACUCUCUUGUGGUUAUAGAACUUUGAAAGCUAACGAUGAAUUAUAUUUAACUAUGGCCUUUAGGGACCAGCUAAUUGAACUCGUCAAACGUAAUUUCAAAUUAAGAAAAUACUGCAAAAAAGUGCAACAGUUGUAUUCGAUGCAAUUUUUUAUUAUAAUGUCAAUGAGUUCCUUAUUAAUUUGUAGUAUGGCCUUUGAAAUUGUACAGAUUGGGUUGGCUAUUGAAAGCUGCAAGUACGUUUGUUGGAUUUUGGCUAAAUUUGUUGAGCUCUCGUAUUUAUGCAAACUUGGCUCAACAUUAACGAACAAGACCAAUGAUAUCAGCACAGCUUACUACGCCAGCGACUGGGAAGGAAUAUUAACUGCGAGUGGAAACAGAGUUGAGAAUAUACAAACACUGAAUUUGUUGCGCCUGGCUAUUGUCCUUAAUCAAAAGCCGUUUACGUUUACAGGAUUUCAAUUUAUAAAUAUAUCUUUGGAAACUUGCCUGAAGAUAUUAAAAGCUGCCAGUUCUUACUUCAUGUUUUUGCAGUCAAUGCGUUAAAUGUGGA